AUGAAGAAGAAUUCAGAACAUACUAGGAAAUUACUUAUUUGGAUUCAAAAUACAAUCAAGCAAGAGUCUUAUAGAACCAUACCAAAAAAAUUAAAAGAUUAUGGAAGUAAACAUACCUCCAGAAUUCAUAGUGAUAAGAAAUCAAUUCCCCAAUAUCUUAAAUUGAUUUUGAGAAUUGUAAUGAGACAAGAAUCAGACUGCCUUGAUACAGGUAAUAAUUAUACUAUAGGUGAUACAGAAUCAGAAGAGUUUGACUCUGAACCAGAGACAA